UAGCCAGCAGCCUUUUUUGGAUGCGUUGGCGGCCAUACGCAGCCUUGUGCGAGCAAACGGCUGUGUAGCAUCAAUUCGAGUCAUUAUUGACGGCGGCGACCGCCCAGCGCAGCUGCAGGCGCACUCAGUGAGCGAGCCUCUGAGAGCUAGGCAGCCAAAACAUGCCCGCGACGAACGCCGUCCUCCACGAUAAGCGUUAUUCGGCGGACGGCAUCUUCUGCGAGCCGCCGAAGAAGCUCGAGACCGCCGCCGCGGCGGCCCCCGCGCAGAACUCGCAGAGUCAAUGGAACACGAACGACUACCACUGGGAGGAGCGCGACGCCACGGACUUCGCGCGCCAGGCUAUUUCUGAUCGACUGCUCGGAGACAGAACGAUCUGGAGCGACGCGAACGGAAAUAUUCUGGAAAUCACGGCCGUCGAAUUGACCGGCGACGCGGCGUCGAACGUGCGGAAGGGCAAGCGCAUCCUCACCUACUCCCUUAAAUUAAAGGUGACGUGCGAGGGCUGCCGUAAUGGGGCGAGAUUGCGCGGCGUCUUGGAAUCUGUUGAGUUCUGCCACGACGACGACGCGAGGGAGGUCGUCGUAAACCUGGCCACGGAGCCGAUGGAAUCAGACGCGGGCGUGGAAGUCAAUAGGGCCAUGAAGGCCCACGAGAUGUUCGCGCGGGUCUUGAAGAAGAAGGCGCUGCCGCUCGUCGAAGGAGGAGGCGCCUGGCUGCGGGACCACCUCGCGGAGCACCGGGGGUAAGAAUAACUGUGUUUUA